UCUCAGGUGAGUCACCUGCGUAAUGCGACCGAGGGCUCAGGUGUUUGUCGACAUCAAACAGGUCGAGUUGUGAGAGUUUCGGAGUUGUAAAAAGUCGAAUACUGACCGAAGAGCUUUCGUGGGGACUUCUGAAUCACAUCUGGGAGGACAUAAAGAAGUCACGGACUACUUUCUCGUCACUUGAAUGAAAGGUGACCGCUGAGACGAAGCGAAGCGUUGUUUUGCUCUUUUGCGGCCUAAGUACCGAUUUAAGUUUUUUUUCCUUUUCACGUAUUAAUUGGUCAUUUUCACUCUCUACAGACUUGACCGUCGUUCUCGUGGGUUUCAUUCGCGCGGAUACCUCGACAGGACUCGUAUAAUGAAUGCAUUAGUUAAUGCGCAACUGGGACCGUGUGCGCUCCUGCUCCUAGCGCUACUGUUGAACCGAGGUGCCAGCCAGGAGACGGGCGAGCAGUGUCUAGCCCGAUUCCAAAAUGGUCGGGACGACUUUGUGCUGGAUGCCGACGAGUCCGUGAAAGACGGAGCGACGUUCCUUUCUUCGCCGAAACUGGACCGGUACAGGGACUGCGUGGCCGCCUGUUGCAAGGAGCCCAAGUGCAAUGUCGCCGUUAUGGAGAAGGCCGGGGAAGGCUUGAUCAAAUCCUGUUUUCUGUUUGAUUGUCUCUACAAGAAGAAUUACGCCUGCCGCUAUGUCAGGAGGAAAGGAUACAUGAAUUACAUCCUGGACACCGUUUAUGACAGUUACCUCAAAGAACAUGUCCCCCCAAAAGAAUCUGACCGUCCACCAGUGGCCAACGGAGGCCAGGAUCGGGUGGUCCAGCCUCAGGAGAGCGUGACACUGAACGGCAUUCAGAGCAAAGACGACCACGGGAUCACCGAAUACCAGUGGAAAAUGCUCACUGAAUAUCCUUAUGCCAUUAUUGAGCAAACCUCCUUCCCCGACCAGAUCAUCGUUUCCAAUCUCACGUCCGGGGUGUACAAGUUCCAGCUGACGGUCACGGAUACCAUCGGCCAGUCGGACAUAGCGAAGAUCACGGUCCUGGUAUUGACCCCUGAGCAGUCUGAGCACCACUGUAUGGCUCCAAUGAAGCCCGGGCCGUGUCGUGGUUCUUUCCCCCGCUAUCACUACAAUGCCGCCUCAGAGAAGUGCGAGUUGUUCAUGUUUGGGGGCUGCAGGGAGAAUCUCAACAAUUAUCUCACCAUGCAAGAGUGCACCAACGCCUGCUAUGGCUCAGAAAAAGGUAGCAAAAGUGGCAGAGGCCUGCCUGUUCCUGGAACUUCAGAAGAAAAAUGUGGCUCCCCGUGCACCCCGGAGCAGUUCACCUGUGCCAACGGCUGCUGCGUGGAUCCAGGGUUGGAGUGCGACACAGUCAGUCAAUGUAGCGACGGAUCGGAUGAACAGAACUGCGAGGACUUGGAGGACAAGUUUCGGAUUCUGCUGCAGAUUCCGUUGGACGAGCAAAAAGUACGCUGCACAGAGCCUCCCAGCACAGGAGGCUGCAGAGACAGUUUCACCAAGUGGUACUACAACCCCAUCCAAAAGACCUGCCUCCGCUUCAACUAUGGUGGCUGCCAGGGGAAUGAGAACAGAUUCGAGACUAAAGAGGCCUGUAUGAGAUUUUGCAAUGGGGUAACAGAAAAUGACGUAUUCGCCAGGAAGGGGGAGUUUGAUGCCCAAGCUUCUGACGGCAAUACAGGUACCAUAGCGAUCGCUGCCCUCCUCGGUGUAGCUAUCGUCAUCUUACUAGGCAUUCUGGGGUACUGCUUCAUGAAAGGAAAGAAAUCUUCACAACACCAACAUACGCCUCUCGGCAACACCCAAGUUACGUCUUUCGAGGACAGAGACCGCCUAGUCUACAACAGUACCACCAAGCCCAUCUGACCCACGCAUACAUACUCGCAUAUCUAUGUUUAUCUAUGGUGGUGAAUGACACCGGUUGCCGUAGCUGUGUCAUGCGCUGAACAAACUCAGCUUCAUGACAGGAAAGUUUGAAUGCUUGAAGAGGUACGUUUUCAUUCUGUCCAAACACGGAGCUGUUUUUAAUGGAGACGUACGCAGUGUGUCUUCAAUGUUGAAAUGUUUUAUCUUUUUUGAUUUGUAGCUUGUUUUGUUUGUUUUUUGUUUUGUUUUUUCAUUGCAGUGGCCUGUUAAAAUGAGUUGUUGGUUAAUAGUUUGUACUCAGGUUAAAAGGGAAGGGUUUUCAUUAGUAUGGAUACCAUCCCUCUUUCUAAAGUCAGAUAUUUUCUACUCGUCUGUAUGUCCUAGCUUCAAUGAUCUAACAGUUGUUUGCCGAUGACUCUUUUGCCAAUAAAGCUAGUUUUAAUAUCAGAGUGUCACUUUAGAUUCACGUUGGCGUGUUACUUAAAAUUCAAAGUCUAGAUUUUCUUUGCUAUUUCUUAUAACUGAUCUCUGCGAGGGUUUAUGAACUCUUAAUGUCAUGGUGAUCCCUUCAACGUCAUGUGCCCCUGCAUCUUGUUAUAUAUGCUGUUGUUACAUAUUCCAAUGGAUCACGCAUACGUGUGCAAUGUUGUACAUAAUAGAAUUUGAGAAAGUAAUAUUUGACUUGAAGGGUAUUUUGUAUGUGAUUAGGAACAAGUUUCAUAAUCUUUUUUUUUUUUUUUUUUAAAUACACACGCCUUUUGAAUCACCCUUGCAGUUGAAUAUUCAACAUUUUAAACUUGUACAUAUGACUUGAUAUAGGUUUCUUUACCUUUAACAAUAUUGUGAUGUUGAUACUAAAUAAAAAAAAAUAUUAGCCAAUUUA